AUGGAGGGCCUUUCGGACGAUCUGAUCACCAAGAUACUGGAACGAGUCCCGAAGAAGCCGCUGCUCGGGUUCAGGUGCAUGUCCAAACAGUGGUGUCGCUUGAUAGACGAACGUUUCUACAGGAAGUCGCUCCUCUACCUCUUCCCCAUGUUUUCCUCGAGCCUCUACUGUAUCGAUCUGCGUUGGCCGGGUGACUUUGAGGAGAUUGAGAACCCUCUUGUGUGGGAACGGAUCGUGUUGCUAGGGUCUUGCCGUGGCUUCCUUUGCAUUUAUAAUGAGGACAACGGCCAGGUUGCUAUAUGGAAUCCGUCCACCAGGUGGUGUAAGCACUUGCCACCUGCAGAUGCUGAGAUAGCCCAUAGAUUGGGCUCCCUGCUUGCCUUUACGGAUUUGGGUAUGACUAUUGGAAUGAUGAGUUCAUAUUGUUGA